UAUUUGCUGAAAACAAACAUCUUGGAAAGGUAGCCAUGGCAGAUAUGGAGGACAACCAUGGAGAUCUUGCUCCAGCAGGGGAGGAUGGUGAUGAGUCAGAGAGAGAUGAAGAGGAUGGAGAAUUCGACUGGAUAGUUGAUAAUGACGAUGAGGAGGAGGAAGAUGAAGAGGAGGAUGACCAGCUACUGGACACUGAGGCGUCUGAGUCAUUUGAGCUGGACACCCCGGCAGAACGCAGCGGUCAUAUAGCAGUGGUUGAUAGGAAUUUGAUGUAUGUGUGGGGUGGCUACAAGAAUGCUCAAAACCAUGGAUUCUUAGACUUGUACUUGCCAAGAAAUGAAAUCUGGGUAUAUAACAUGGAGACACAAGUAUGGGCAAAUCAUAUAACAGGGGGUAAUCCACACAACUCCAUGUCUGGUAGCUGUGGCGUGUGUGUUGAUGGAGUCCUAUAUCUGUUUGGAGGCCAUCACGCCAGAGGAAAUACAAAUAGGAUUUACCGUCUACCCCUAAGAGCUCCCACCCUAGUCUGGGAGGAAAUGAGUGAUUUAAAGGGACUUGCUCCAACCUGCAAGGACAAACUAGGCUGCUGGGUGCAGAAAAACAAACUAAUAUUUUUCGGGGGCUAUGGCUACGCUGCAGAAGAUCUUCAUCGUGGGACAUUUGAAUUUGAUGAAUCGUCUUCAUUAGUGUGGAACAGUCCUGGACGAGGCUGGAACAAUCACAUCCAUAUCCUGGAUUUGGAGACCUCUGCAUGGAGCCAGCCCAUCACCAAGGGAAAUCCCCCAUCUCCUCGAGCAGCCCAUGCCUGUGCCACAGUGGGCAACAGAGGAUACGUGUUUGGAGGACGCUAUAAGAACUACAGACUGAAUGACUUGUACUGCAUUGACUUGGACACAUGGGUAUGGCAUGAAAUGAGUGUUCCCCAGCAGGGUCCAGUUGGGCGAUCUUGGCAUUCCUUUACUCCUAUAUCGACAGACCACAUCCUCCUCUUUGGAGGCUUCACCACAGAGAGAGAGACACUGAGUGAUGCUUGGCUGUACUGUGUGAGUAAGAAUGAGUGGACGUCAUUCAAACACAGUCACACAGCAAGCCCUAGGCUGUGGCAUACAGCAUGCUCUGGUCCAGAUGGGGAAGUGUUUGUGUUUGGAGGUUGUGCAAACAAUUUGUUAUCUCAUCAGAUAGCUGCACACAGUAAUGAGUUAUUAGUUUUCAACGUCCAGCCCAAAUCACUAGUUCGCUACUGUAUGGAAGCAGUUCUUCAGCAUAGGGAGCGUCUGGCUAGUUCCUGGGGCUACUUGCCCAAGCACCUUCUGCAUAGCCUUCAGCAAAGAACAGGCCACAUCAACACACUGGGCUCCUAGUUCAGGAGGUGGCCAUCAUACUUAUCCAAAGGAAGAUAUGAUGAUUAUCUAUGUAUGAAAGGGAGAGAAACUGUUCACUGAGACAGUAUUAUUGUUGCGCUAUAGGAAGGCAGUCAUUUUCAGAGUGCCAUUUUUGUGUGCACCUCAAUGCAUGCACAACAGUUUGACUGCCAUGGCAGAAUAGGAUGUGGAUUUGGACUGCCAUACAAAGUUUCCCAAGAUGAUCUCUGAAGCAGGUGUUAACAAUCAAAUUAGCACCUCUAAAGUAGAGCUUUUGGUGGAGUAGAGUAGGCGAGGCUCUGCCUUGUCUUAGCUUUGUAUGUGCUGUAGCCAACCCCCCCUUUUCUGUAAUGAGCUAAUACAACUUGUUGGUAAUCCUGGGGGUCAAAGGGGAUAGUUCAGCUUUUUAAAGGAUGAUUCUGAGUUUUUUGUUUUUUUUUUCCUUUUGAAACCUGGGUCUUAUUUUUGUAGUUUAUGCCAUCUAGGGUUGGGCAUGAACCAGAUCCAAAAUUCGGAUUCCAAAGGAAUCAUUAAGAAAGUCAAAUUUCGAUUCUGCCUAUUGGUUCCUAAAUUUCACUUGCGCCAAAGUUAGUUUCAGUUUCCGUGGUGGUGGCACGCAGCUUCCGUAGUUUCCGCCAGAGCAAGCGGCAGUCAAAAGUGUGGUUUAAUUUUGCCUUGAAAAAUGAACGGCUGGCACAGUGCAAUGCCUGUGACAAAAUUAUUUUGUGCAAGGGAGGAUGCACAACAUAUAUGGCCAAACACCUUCACCUACACAGUGUACCGUGUUUGACAUGUUAGGCCGGUCUCCAUCUCGUCGCAAUCGGGUAGGUGAAAAUUAAUAACGUUCGUCUUAUUCGCAAUAGCGAGACUGCAAAUAUUGAAAUGUUUUUGCUGUGCUGAAUGCUCGCAUAUACAGCCUGAGAAGGCAGAUAUGCUAAUUUUUCUAAACAAGAACUGUUUAUAAUUUAAGGAGUUUAAUAGCUGGUAGUCUGGAUCAGGGUGUGACUGUGUCUUUAUUUCUUCAUCUUCAUGUAUGAAGACAGUUGUUGUAAAUGUAAAUAUAAGAAUUGAGACAUUCACAUGAAGGAUCCGUUCUUAAAACAGAACGGCUUGUAUAAAGUUUUUUUUAAAUAAAAUUUUUUUCUGUGAAAGAAGCGAAGCGUGUGACCUGUUUUGAGUCCGCCUCUCAAAGAACUGGAAUCGAGACUUGUUAAGAAUCGGAAUCAGAAUUGUUAAAAUCCAAACGAUACCCAACCCUAAUGCCAUCGCGCAUAUCAGUUAUUAUGUCAGUUGAUUUCAAAAAGAUUGCCACUUAUUAUAUAACUUAACAGAAUUAGCUUUCACUAUUUAACCUUCUCUAGCUUUAGAAAGGACAUGAUGGUUGUCACAGCUGUCAGUAAUAUUUGGAUAAAUUUGUGACAAUCUAGUCUCUGAAAAAAGAAUUUAAACGAUACCUUGAAUUGUGUGUGAGACAAGCACUGCAAUGGCAUCUUAUGGCGAUCUCCAAAAUGAAGCAAGUGAGUAAAAUCUACAAAAAUAAGACCCAGGUUGUAAAAAAAAAAAAAAAAAAAAUCUUCCUUUAACCUCACCAACAGUGCAUAUAGCCAUUUGUUACUUGUUGAGAUGUUGAAAACUAAAAUUUUGUUAACAGUGGUAGCUAAAUUAAGUGGGCCUAAAACUACUUUACAAAUAAGUCGCCUUUACGUUUCCCAGAUUUAACUCAGUUGUAGUGGGGAAACAUUUAAAUUUUUAUUAUUAAAAUCAAGAUUUUUCUUAGUAUUGCAUACAAAAUAAUAAAAUCCCCACCUGCCGCCCAAUGACUGCUGGGAUAGGCUCCCGCGACCCUGAGAACAGGAUAAGCAGUUUGGAUGAUGGAUGGAUGGAUGCUUACAAAAUUAAAUGUUCUUUUUCUAAUGGCUAACAAUGGAGGCAUUGUUGCGAUGUUGGAGGUGUUAGGUAGACAUGAGUCUGGUUGUUGAAUUUGGGCUUGAUCUCGAUUGCAGUAAGUAUGCUCAAGUCCUCGGGACGUGGAUUGUCACCUCUCCGGCAUGGAAGGAGCCUGAGCUGGUGCGGGAGGUGGAGCAGUACCAACUAGAUAUAGUUGGGCUCACCUCCACACAUAGCAUGGGCUCUGGUACCAAACACCUGGAGAGGAGCUGGACUCAUUACUUUUCCGGAGUUGGCCAAGGUGACAGGCGCCGGGCGGGUGUGGGGAUACUCACAAGUCCCCGGUUGAGUGCCGCCAUGUUGGAGUUCUCCCCAGGGAAUGAGAGGGUUGCCUGUAUACAACUGUGAGUCACUGGGGGAAAGGCUCUGACGGCGGUGUGUGUGUGUAUGCACCACUCGCAAAUCCCCAGUUGAGCGCCGCCAUGUUGGAGUUCUCCCCGGGGAAUGAGAGGGUUGCCUCUAUACGACUGCGAGUCACUGGGGGAAAGGCUCUGACUGUUGUGUGUGCUUAUGCACCGAAUAGCAAUUCGGAGUAUCCAGUCUUCUUGGAGUCUCUGGGUGGUGUCCUGGAUAGGGCUUCACCUCAGGACUCUAUAGUUCUGCUGGGGGACUUCAACGCUCACGUGGGCAACGUUGGCGAAACCUGGAGGGGUGUGAUUGGGAGGAACGGCCUCCCCUAUCGGAACCUGAGCAGUGCCUUGUUAUUGGACUUCUGUGCAAGUCAUGGAUUGGCAAUAACACACCAUGUUUGAACAUAAGGUAGUUCAUAAGUGUACUUGGUACCAGAACACCUUAGGCCGAAGAUCGAUGAUAGACUUUGUGGUCGUAUCAUCAGAUCUGCGGCCGUAUGUUUUGGACAAUCGGGUGAAGAGAGGAGCAGAGCUGUCAACUGAUCACCCACCUGGUGAUGAGUUGGAUGAGAU